CGUAAAUGCGGCGACGGCGGCGUCCUCUCGCGGCUGCGCGGUCAACGAGCGCCGUGAAUAUAGCGGCGCACGGCGCCGCAGCGUGAAGUCAGUCUCGUCUCAUCCGCCGGGCGAUACGAAUCGUACGUCGCUCGUCAUUCACCAUUCUCAUCUCUCUUUCCCAUUUCAACCGCGCAUACAACAAAUUAUCACAUCCCUCGCGCCGCGUCCCUUCCUUCGCGACUCAUGUCAGAGUACGCGACGUGUCAACUCUCGGCUGGCAGUGUCUCGUCUGCCGCGCGAAUUGCAUAAGUAAAGCGUCCUCGUCACCAUCAACGUCGUCGCCGUCGUCGAUGCGGAGGUGUCGACGACGGCGCGCUCGUCAAGCGCCUCUCAAGUCGAGAACGUGGGACGACGACAAUAACGCGAACAGAACGGUUGACAGUUGAGCGAAAAGGAAGAGGAGGAGGUGGAGGAGGAGGAGGAGGAAGGGAGGUGUGCGCUUCGUCGUCUCGUGUGCGUAUUGUGCGUGCAUGUGUGCGGGCGGCGCAGACCACCCCGGUGUUGAGGAGGACGCGGCGGCGGACGACGACGGCGGGAAUCACGCGACACGAUGACGGCGAUGUUGGUGUCGGUCGCGGAGCUGUCCAACAUCUUCUCGGUGCUCGCGGUGCUGAUAUGCUUUUGCGGCGUCUUUCUAUUUAUCAUGAGAAACAUGAUGGUGCUACGCGUCCACGGCGACGACCUGAUGUUCGGCGGCGGCGGCGCUGGUGCUGGUAGUGGUGUGAUAACGCAUUCGCCGCGCAUACCGCAAAUGGAGAUGAUGAAGGUCCACAUUCCCUUCACCUUCAAGCUCCACGAGAGCUUCAAGAGCACGUACGCCGAGGUGGAGUGCGAGGUGUCCAGCCAAGUUGAGUACUCGUUGCAGGCUAUUUGGGGUGUCAGCAUCCGGGAACUGCAUCUGGCCCUUUGGAAACCUUGGAACACGUUGCGGGACGCGUCCUUGAACGGGACCCUUCUUCAAGGCCACGCGCAAUACCUCACGCCGCCGCAAACUAGACAGCCGCACGGCGAGGAAACGCUCAGAUUGUCGCUGCCGGCGCCGGAGCUGGAACUGGGCACUCCACCGCGACUCUGCUACCCACUAGUGAUCUUCCUCACCCGAAGGGACAAUCGGGAUCCCCACCCCGACGAAACCGUGGCUCUGGUGAACGUCGUUCACAUCAAGGACAGCGUGUGCACGCUGCCGACUUCGAUUCUGGCGCAGUACUUGAAACAAGCUAAUGGCCAGCUGUCUUGUUUAAAGCAACUCUACCUGGCCACGGGUAACUCGAGCAACUACGACGAGGGCGAGGCGAUGUCGUCAGGCCUGGGAUCUCCGGCGCUCGCGCUCGCCGAGCCCUGCAACAACAACAACAACUCCACGGGCAGCCGAGGCGCCCUAGUGGCGUCCGGCCAAGGCGACCAGGAGAACGGCUCCCUCUGGAACACCGCGGGCGAGCAGCUGUGCGUCGUCUGCCAGUACUUUCCGCUGUCGCGCGCCCUGCUGCCCUGCCGGCACACCUGCAUUUGCGCCUCCUGCUUCGGCAAGCUCGACCGAUGCCCGAUGUGCCGUAGCCCGAUCAAGAGCUAUUUCUGCAUACGCAGCGAGGAGUACAUGCCACCGGAGAAGGAGAUGAACCCCUGCAAGCAGCGGCAGCCCAGCCACGGGCCCACUCAUUGGCUCCACGACUGGAACGACCGGCUCACCGACUUCCUCGGCUUCGCUCGAUAGAGGAAGUGUGUUGCUAUCUACCUAGCUACAAGGUCGCGUAUCUCUUGUAUACCUGUGUCAGAAUGGUUGAGACAGUCUUCGUCGAUAUAGACCCUGACAGCGCAACAUAUCCGAAAGACAUUCAAAGGAUAUCUAAAGAACAUUCGAACAUCCUCUAGGUGUCCUUAGGAUGUCCUCUGAACGGAUAUGUGUGUUGUUGGGGCGGUAAUCUUCACGAGAGGUUUUAUGAAUUUAAGGGUAGAUUUAGUGAUCAUUUUGGAUGGCGUUGUUAAUUUUUAGCUUCUUUUUCAAAUUAAAUUAUCUUCUUUUGCAAUCUGAAAACAAAAUUGUAAUAAUAUGUGUACUACAGCAACUUUGUUUAAUUCUUGUUUUAGCUUUUAAACAUUAAAUAUUCCAAUUUACCCUGAAUCUUUAUUUACUUUAAUUCGACGAAAUUAUAUUUAAUUUAGGCAAGCACUUGAUUAGCUAUUAUUCGUGAUUUCGAAUACAUCUGUAAGAUUUAUCUAUAAAAUAGGAAAUGUCAACCAUACUGACACUUGAUUGUACCAUGAUUUAUCGUUCGAUUAUAAAUGAGGUGCGGAAGUUCAUGAGAAUUCACGCAAAUACAUACACAUACAUACACAAGGAAGACACUAAAAUGAUUUGGUUAUCUAUUUGGUCUCGCAGGUCUCGCGCGUGCAAAUAGGUUUUGUGCAUAUAGGAUGUCAGCGAAUCGCUGAUACUUUUUCAAUUUAAAAAACGAAAACUUCCAUUUUUUUCUUUUUUAUUUUUU